GACUGUAAGAAGAAGCAUUUGUUUACAAAUAUUCAAUUUUAUAAAAUGACACAAACGGAAACCGCGAGUAGCGAAAGCAGCUCAGAAGUGGCUGAAUUACCAAAUCAACUGUUGGAUAUAUUCAAGGCACUUGCUGAGAAUGCCAACAUUAUAUUUAAGUCUCAGCAAAUCGACGAUCCUGAGUUAAAUUUAGAAGAAAAGCAGCAAAUUGCGCAGGACGCAUUUCAGAAAAAUCGUGAAAACUUCUUAAUACGUUUUGGUAGUUACCUAAACGAGCAGCAAUUAGCCGAUUUUCAGAGUGUGGGUGUAAUAGAACCCAUCAAACCCGAUGAGAAUCUUGAGGAGAUAUCCCUACUGAUCGAAGACUUCAAAAGAAAACUCCUUUCACGCGCCAUUUGCAUCAAAAAUAGAAGAUACCAUGCAAUGCAACAGCUGCUGCAGCAGGGAGAAUACUUCAGCGAGCACGAAAUGAUGCAGCGUGCGCCAGAACUUUAUCAGGAGCUGAUCGGCCAAUACCUAACGGAACAGGAAAAGAAACAACGGGACAGCUAUGAUGUAAGGAACACUAGCUUCUCAGGCAUAUUGAUGCACACGCUGGAGCAGAAGCAGCGGGACGAGCUAUUGCAGCAACAGGUAGACACCAGUGCAGAAAUGGAUGAAACUCCCACAGCCAACGUUGACUGUGAAGUACCCGCCGCAUGUCGCCAACAAUGGGGCGGUUUCGAAGAUGACGAACCCGUGGCUUGUUCCUCAAGUCGAAAUACGCAAACCCCUUUAGCGCCAAUCAAUCGAAUAGUCACCGCGGAGUACUAUAAUCCAGGUGAAAGAGAGCUGCUGCGCAACGAGUUUAUGGGCUUGAUGAAGGAGCGUUUUCUCAGUGGCCAGGACACGGAUUUCGAUUACACAGCCGUCGAUGAUAAUGCUCAGCUGGAUGAUCUAAAGCAAAUUGAAAGAGACGAGGAAGAUGCCUACUUUGAGUCCAGUGAUGAAGAUGAAAUUGCUGCUGCAGUUGAUGAAGUGCCAUUAAAGCUGCCCAAUUCCAGCGACGAGGAUGAACUGGACGUGUAUAUGCGGCAUCUGAAUCAACAUCCCAGUUUGCAGCAUUAGUUCCUUUUUAUUUUAGCU